ACAUAAAAUGAUAAAAUCAUUUUGUAAAGCUAAAGCAAAGUCCUUUAUCGUAAUCCUUUGACCAACCAACGCGAGAACCGCCUAUUUUAGCUCAGAACGACGAAGGGAGAACUUAGAUAUCACUCCAUUUCUCUUCUCUCCGUGCUCCAUUUAGUACAGCUAUGGCAAAAGUUACAACAAUUUCACUUGUGGAAAGCAACAGUAACCCGAACGGUGUGAUGCUGGUUCAUUCUGAGAGAACAAACACUCCAGAAGAUCCUACAGAUCUUGUUGAACUAGCUCGACAAGUACAGAAGGCAGAUGAAUUUGUGAGGGCCAAUGCCGGAAAUCGAUUGAUGACGAUUGCUGAACAGAUCCGUCAUCUCCAGGAGCAAGCCAAGAAGGUUUUGGAAGAAGCAAAGAGAGAUGCAGAACUUCACCACGCAGCUUGCAACAUCAAAAAGAGGCCGGGACAUCAGUAUUAUCUUUACAUGAGGGACUCGGGACAGAAAUACUUCUCUAUUCUAUCCCCUGAGGAGUGGGGAAGCAGCUGUCCUCAUGAAUACUUAGGAUGUUACAAACUUGAACACGACAUGUCGUGGACGCCAGAGAAGGAUAUACGCAAGAGAGGCGAGGAAAUUGCUCUGAUCGACAAACUCCUCUCAAGCCAAGCCAGUAUUACCUACGACCCCCAGCCAAACUUUGACGGAAUUAUCCCAAUUAAAGCAAGUGACGUCCCUCAGGCCCGCCAGGCAGAGAGCAUGGAAGACAGCUAGAAAGACUCGGAAUGAAUUUUUAGAGAACAGUUGAACAAUUUUCAUACAAGAGCUGUUAUAAUGCUUUUGUGAAAAAAAAAGGAGUGAAAUAUUUUGAUGAUCCAUUUACAGGUAGGUACAAGUAUGAUCCAUCUCCAUCUUUGUAGGAUCAUUUUCUACUUAUAUGUAUAAGCAGUGGCAUAUAUGCAGUGAGUCAAAUAUUGAGGUGGCAUUAUGAGAUGAGAUUUCUUUAUGCCCCCCAAAAUAAUCUUUUGAAAGUAAAAAUCUUUAUUUUGUUACAAUUUUUAACAUUACAUCCAGAAAAUAAUUUCAUACUUUUCUCUU